AUGGAGCACCCAGUCGAAGAGAAGGCCGUCUCAAACGGUCUCCCGCCACCUCCCUUUUUCCUGCCGUUUCCUGAUAGGCCGGAAACUAUUACUGAGAAUAUGAUGAAAUUAACUGAAUUGACACCGGACCCACGUCAUCGAUUCCUCAUCAGAACACUCACGAAGCACUUGCAUGCGUUCGUGAAUGAGACGAGUCUUACGACGGAGGAAUGGAUGACUGCUAUCCAAUUCCUCACUCGCGUGGGCCAGACGUGUACCCCCAUUCGCCAAGAGUGCAUUCUCCUAUCGGAUACACUGGGUGUGUCGGCGCUGGUCGACGCAAUCAACAAUCCCCCAAUUAGCGGCGGCACGGAAAGCAGUGUGCUGGGUCCAUUCUUUACGGAGGACGCUCCUGAUGUCGACAACGGAGCUUCCAUCGCAUCAGAAGGCAAGGGUGAUUACAUGUAUGUCGAGGGACGAGUAGUGGGCACAGAUGGCACUCCGGUUCCGGAUGCUACUAUUGAGACUUGGGAGACCGAUGCUCUUGGGUUCUAUGACACGCAAUACGCUUCCCGAGACAAGCCAGACUGUCGGGGACGCUUGCGGACAGACAAAGAUGGGAAGUAUGGAUAUCGUGCGGUCGUGCCGGUUGCCUACCCGAUCCCAGGAGAUGGUCCCGUCGGAGAGAUGCUCAUUCAACUUGGACGGCAUAACAUGAGACCUAAUCACCUGCAUAUGAUGAUCGAGGCGCCUGGAUACAACAAGCUCACAACUGCACUCUACCCGGAGGGAGACGAGUGGCUCAGCAGCGAUGCCGUCUUCGGUGUGAAGAAGUCUUUGGUGGUAACUCUCAAGGACGUCCACGACGACGCCGAAGCGCGCAAGCGUGGGUUCCCCAAGGGCGGAUCGUUCAAGCUAUUGCAAUUUGACGUGGUUCUUGUUCCUGAGGAGGAUUCGAAGGUAGCGCGAGCGCAGUACGCAAAGGAACGGGCAGAGAAGGCUGGACUGUUGAAGUAA